UUUCCGUUUUCUAGAAUAGGGAGCUACUUUUACUAGCAUGAUGACGUAAUAGCAGAGAUAUACAAAAAUAACGGACGUCAAAACUGUAUAGCAGUAUAGACACAUCAAGAAAGUCGAUUCAAUAGAAACGAGAGGCAGGAUAUUUAUCGCAAUUGGAUGAUACAAAAGGAUUAUGGCAUGGAUGAAAGUUCUUUAUGGAGGCAUGUUGAUUCUGACAACAAUGAUGAUGACAAAUGCCUCACUCACAAGGACGCUGCAAAUUUCCCCCGUCAAAGACUCAAGAUACUGCAAUGAAUCACAAUUAAUAGCUUCCAUUUCGAAACAAGGUCGCAACAAACGCUCGACAAUACAAUGGCCAUUUAAUUGUGUGCAUCCAAGUGUUAUGAAAUACAAUGGCGAAUAUCAACUGAUGUUAGAUAUUUUCAAGUGUUGUCAGAAGUGUGAAACUCCAAAGUUUGCGAGAUGCGUCAAAAAUCGUCCGAAGGAUUCAUCGUUGGUAUGUCCCAGUAAAGGCAUACGUUGCAUGUUUGAUUGUAUCAAAAAGCAUGGACCACGAGAACGUCAGAGACCUGGUCCCCCCGGUCCCAAAGGAGAGCUGGGGGGUCAAAAAGGUCAAAUACCCGUUGGGAGACCCGGUCCCCCCGGUCCCAAAGGAGGCCAGGGGGGUCAGAUCAUAAGCCCCCCAAAGUUUGAAUGUGAAAGAAAGGAAACACUUCCAAAUGGAAACACCUGUAUACGUAGAUUAUGUAUCAAGUUACUGUAAGAGUACGCGUGAAGAAUUGAGCAUUAUAAAAAUAAAAGAAAAUCUUUGGCUAAAAA